AGUCUGAGCAAACGGUAUAUAAACCAGACUCCGAAUUGGCUUACUAGACAUACAGCUUCGGAGGCGUGUAGCAUACAAAAAGCCUACUUUCUUGGAAGAUUUUGAGAAACCUUUCCACGUGCUUUUUUGCUCAUAUCUGAAUAGCAAAGAUGCCUGAAGCACAUGACCAACCCAUGGAGGAGGAGGCAGAGACCUUUGCCUUCCAGGCUGAGAUUGCUCAGCUGAUGUCCCUGAUCAUCAACACAUUCUACUCAAACAAAGAGAUUUUCCUCAGAGAGCUCAUCUCUAACUCAUCAGAUGCUUUGGACAAAAUCCGAUAUGAAAGUCUGACUGACCCAAGCAAGCUAGACUCAGGCAAGGACUUGAAAAUUGAAAUCAUUCCCAACAAAGAUGAACGCACACUGACCAUUGUUGACACUGGCAUUGGCAUGACCAAAGCUGACCUGAUCAAUAACCUCGGUACCAUUGCCAAAUCUGGCACAAAGGCCUUUAUGGAGGCUCUGCAGGCUGGAGCUGAUAUCUCCAUGAUUGGCCAGUUUGGUGUGGGUUUCUACUCUGCCUACCUGGUAGCUGAGAAAGUAACUGUUAUCACCAAACACAACGAUGACGAGCAGUACGCCUGGGAGUCUUCUGCUGGAGGCUCUUUCACAGUCAAGCUUGACAAUUCUGAACCAAUUGGGCGUGGCACAAAAGUGAUUUUGCACCUGAAGGAGGACCAAACUGAAUACAUUGAGGAGCGACGAAUCAAAGAGAUUGUGAAGAAGCAUUCACAGUUCAUUGGCUACCCCAUCACUCUCUUUGUGGAGAAAGAGCGUGAUAAAGAGGUUAGUGAUGAUGAGGCAGAGGAAGAGAAGGAGAAGGAGAAAGAUGAGGAGGGAGAGAAGGAUGAGGAUAAACCUGAGAUUGAGGAUGUUGGCUCAGAUGAAGAAGAAAAUGAUGACAAGUCUUCAGACAAGAAGAAAAAGAAGAAGAAGAUUAAGGAGAAGUACAUCGAUCAGGAAGAACUGAACAAGACCAAACCCCUGUGGACCCGCAAUCCUGAUGACAUUACCAAUGAGGAGUAUGGCGAGUUCUACAAAAGCCUUACAAAUGACUGGGAAGAUCAUCUGGCUGUCAAGCACUUUUCAGUUGAAGGGCAGCUAGAGUUCCGUGCUCUGCUCUUUGUGCCCAGACGAGCUCCCUUUGACCUUUUUGAGAACAAGAAGAAGAAGAACAAUAUUAAACUGUAUGUCCGCAGAGUCUUCAUCAUGGACAACUGUGAUGAACUCAUCCCAGAGUAUCUCAACUUCAUCAAGGGUGUGGUAGAUUCUGAGGAUCUUCCCCUGAACAUCUCCAGAGAGAUGCUGCAGCAGAGCAAGAUCCUUAAAGUGAUCCGCAAGAACCUGGUCAAGAAAUGCCUGGAGCUCUUCACAGAACUCGCUGAGGACAAAGACAACUACAAGAAAUACUAUGAACAGUUCUCCAAGAACAUCAAGCUUGGCAUCCAUGAGGACUCACAGAACCGCAAGAAACUUUCUGAGCUGCUGCGCUAUUACACCUCUGCCUCAGGGGAUGAAAUGGUGUCUCUCAAAGACUACGUCACCCGCAUGAAGGAUAACCAGAAGCACAUCUACUACAUCACUGGUGAGACAAAGGAGCAGGUGGCCAACUCUGCCUUUGUGGAGCGCCUUCGUAAAGCUGGCCUGGAGGUGAUUUACAUGAUUGAGCCAAUUGAUGAGUACUGCGUCCAACAGCUAAAGGAGUUUGAAGGGAAGAAUCUGGUGUCUGUGACCAAAGAGGGACUGGAGCUCCCUGAAGAUGAGGAGGAGAAGAAGAAGCAGGAGGAGAAGAAGGCUCAGUUUGAGAACCUUUGCAAGAUUAUGAAAGACAUUCUGGAGAAGAAAGUGGAGAAGGUCACUGUCUCCAACCGCCUAGUAUCUUCCCCCUGCUGUAUUGUCACCAGCACUUAUGGCUGGACAGCCAACAUGGAGAGGAUCAUGAAAGCUCAGGCACUCAGGGACAAUUCCACAAUGGGCUACAUGGCAGCCAAGAAACACCUGGAGAUCAACCCAGACCACCCCAUCAUUGAAACCUUGAGACAGAAGGCUGAAGCAGACAAGAACGACAAAUCCGUGAAAGAUCUGGUCAUUCUCCUGUUUGAAACUGCUCUGCUCUCCUCUGGCUUCACGCUAGAUGAUCCUCAGACACAUUCAAACCGCAUCUACAGGAUGAUCAAACUUGGCCUUGGUAUUGAUGAAGAUGACCUGUCAACAGAUGAGCCCAGCUCAGCCCCUAUUGAAGACAUGCCUCCUCUAGAGGGCGAUGACGACUCCUCUCGCAUGGAGGAAGUUGACUAAGUCUCAGUUAUCCAGUAAAUGUUGAUUGAUAGUUCUGUAAAAUGCAGGAUUUGAUGUUGAAGCUGUUCAUGUCCGUAGCCCUGCAUUACUUUUACCACAUGCAGUUCAAACUCAUUCCUUAACAUUGGUGGGAUUUCCAUAGCACCGUGUAAUGCCAUUCCUUUUCCCCUUUUUUUGUAUUCUGAGUUGCGUAUGUACUUUUAUAUUUAUUUACAUUCCAGCCUUUUUGCGUGGUAAACGAUUCAAUUGUAAAUAUUGUCAAAACUGAUACUGUAAGUUGAAAUGGUGGGACGCUGAAAUAAAGUUUGCCAUAUCAA